UGGCAUGCGCGCAAGGGAAUGCAUCGAAAGUUGUGCUCUUGAGUGUUUCACAUAAAUUUAACAAGUUUAAAAACUUUUUUCGUGAAAAGUGUGUCCUGUGCUGCUGCAUGAAACUAUAGUGACCCUCGUUUGUGUUAAUUUGUGUCGAUAAGUUAACAAAAAGUCAAAAUGAAUAAAACUUGUGCGAGGUGCGAAAAAACAGUUUAUCCCACUGAAGAAUUAAAAUGUUUAGACAAGGUAUGGCACAAGGGGUGUUUCAAAUGUCAAGAAUGCGGGAUGACGCUCAACAUGAGGACAUACAAGGGAUACGGCAAGCGACCAUACUGUGAAGCGCACGUGCCGAAAGCGAAGCACACGACGAUGGCGGAGACGCCCGAGCUGAAGCGCAUCGCGGAGAACACCAAGCUGCAGAGCAACGUCAAGUACCACGCCGACUUCGAGAAGAGCAAGGGGAAAUUCACACAGGUGGCCGACGACCCAGAAACACUCAGGAUCAAAGCGAACACUAAGAUAAUCAGCAACGUCGCGUACCACGGCGAUCUCGAGAAGAAGGCGCAGAUGGAGAAGCAGAGACAGAUCAACGAGAACGGCGAGAUUGUCGACGUAGCCACCAACGACAACUAUCAGCACCAAAUCGAGACGUACGCCACGGAGAUGCUGCCGCCGCCGAACCUGCCGCCCAAGAACCACUACCAGAUCCCGGCCGCUCAGACACAGAGACAGUACACCGAGUCGCGUCAGGAGGACUACUAUCCGUAUCCGAAGUACGAGGACUAUCCGAACGCGAAUCCGCAUCCACAGGCCACCCAAGGUUAUGGUCAGAAGAUCGGCAGGAUUCAGGAUUACGAUCCGCUAAGCGACGGCCCCCGCGCGCCGCCCAACACGCAGCGCGCGUCCGCCACGCUCAUAUACUCCAGCGACGGCAAGCGAGGCGCACACCAGGUGCAGCAACAACAGAGCAGCAGGCAUAUCGGACGAGUGACCGACAUGGACCCGCUGGCUAACGAGCAGCCGCGAGCGGUCAACCACGCCCCCAACCACGCCCAAAGUCACGCCCCCAACCAUGCGGCUAACCACGCGCCUAAUCACCAUGCGCCUAGUCAUCAUAUGCAGAGAGUGUACAUAGCGAUGUACGACUACGAGGCUAACGACAGCGACGAGGUGUCGUUCCGGGAGGGCGACUACAUCUCCAACGUCACGUCCAUCGACUCCGGCUGGAUGACGGGGCAGGUUCUGCGCACCGGCCGCACCGGCAUGCUGCCCGCCAACUACGUCGAGCCCGUCGACCCCGCGCAUCUCAAUUAGACCGCACGACACGAUAUACCACACGAUACGAUAUGUCGCAUACGAGAAAAUUAUACCAAUAGAAGUCUUAAGUUUAAGUCUUAAGAUGCCAGACUUCACCGACGCCUGUUAAAGGUAUUUCUCACUCUUUGUAUAAAAGAGAAGGCAUGUGUAGGCGAUGGCGAAAUUGGGACUAAAUCUUAUAACAUUAACUGAAUAAUUAACACGGUAGCAUGUCCUAUACAAGCAACGCUGCAAACAUCAGGUUUUUGUUAUAAGAAUUAGAUUUCAAUGGCAUCUAUUUUACAUUCAGUGCACAAUAAUCUGCGUUAUUUAAAACGACAUACCAUAGACAAAUAAUUCACUUUCACAAAGUUUGUGCACUGACUUAAUCAUCCAACCACUCACUUAUCACUGAUAUAAAAUAAAUCGAUUAAAUAAGCCAUUAUCCAGGCAUUUCAUCUUCGAAAAUAUCGUUGGGGUACCAUGGUAUGGUAUAAAGAAGACGGGCAAGUUGCCAACUGCCUUGUUAUAAUAAUUAAAAUAAGGACAAUAAAAAAUAUUGAACAUAUCACAUUGAACAUUCGUCGAUUCGCUUAUCGAAUUUUUAAUGUUAGGUGAUUCCUAAAUUUUUUACACAAAUUAUGGCCUAUAACACUGCUUUAAAAAACUCUUUGGAGUUGUAAUUUACACUGACUGCUCGUUAGGCGACUAAUUAUUAUUAUUAAAAUAUACUAGUGUCGAUAAAUGCCUUACCUAGAUGUAGAUGAAGGCUUUAUGCACAAUCGAAAGACUCACAUGUCUAAAACAUAACUGUAGUUCAAAGUAUGAGGCUAGUCACAAUUUUUAAGUUUUGUAACUUGCGUCGUGGUUUGAACUAUAUUAUAAUUUAUAAUCAAUAUAAUAUUUAGUUUUUAGAAGGCCAAUAAAUUGUUUUUUUUUAAUAGUACGUCCCAGUAUGACCAUACAGUGAUAUGAACAGAAGUAUCUCAUAUGUGUAAUUCCAUUAACGUCAGUUACCUUUAUAUUGCGUGCAACUUUAUAAGAUAAAUUUUUCAAUCAAAGUUCUUGCCACUUCACGCCACCACUCCGAUGGCACGCCUCUGCAUGUUUAACAUUACCAGUAACUAUCCAGCUAAACUAUUUAUCUUAUUCAAUAUUUUGCAUUUUACAUCAUUCCGAUUUUUUUAAAUUUUAUCUUAAUUUUAAUUGUAUAUAUUAAACAUGCAUUUUUAGAAUAUUUCGAUUGUUCUUAUGAUUCAGUACUUUGGGUAUGCUUUUAAAUUUUGAGAUUAAUUUCACAAUAAAAUAUUUAUAUAAAAUGUACCUGACCUAUUUUUUACGGUCUAGGUUAUUUGUAAAUAUAUACAUUUAGGUAUAGGUUAUGGUGGACACCAUAUUUUUAUAUAUAUUUUUAUAACGUCAUUUUUAUAUAUUAUUCAGCAUAAUAUAUUCGUUAAGGACAUUUCUAGGAGGUUGGCAGAAAGGUUAACCAACGCGUUAUAUCUCCCCUACUCACUUAGCGAAUGAAAAUAUUUUGUCUAUCAAAACUAAAGAUUGUAAAAUUUUAACCGAGUUAGAUUUAUCACGAUAUCAAUAAAGGGCUUGCCAAUCUCCCCAAAUAUCACAUUCCGAUAUUGUUACACCGAUACACGAUGUAACAUUCUCCAUUACGUCAUAUCAAUUAUUAUUCACUUCAACUUGCUUGAUGUAAGCGCACUUGUAGGUUAGAUUUUAUUUAUUUUACCCUCGAAGUGUUAUCAAACUAUAGAGGGCACUCUGUUAAGGGCAAGUAUAAUAUAUCCUUUAGCCUCAAUUUCACCAACGACUAUUAAAGUUAACGCUCGCAUUAGUAUCA